CAAGCCCAAUAACCAUUUUUCAAGUGACUUUGUAUGCGUGACUGUUUCUCAAAAAAACUUUAGACAGCGUUUUUGCUUUAUGGACACUUGAUAACUUAGACAAUGACUAUUAGCAUUCCAAAAGACUUUAAACCAGCACUUUCCAAGUUCGACUCACCCUUUGAUAAAGAAACUCUUUUAGACGAUGACAAUGAGCUUUGGUUGAUCCGUAUUCCUGACAAUCUUUCUGAAAGAGACCUUGCUCAUAUCAAGUUCAAAGUGCCUGGUGAAAAGGCUAACAAGAAGGCCUUGGGUAAACUUGAAAAAGAGAACGAUACAUAUGCUUUAUACAAAGUACCUACUGCCGAAAACUUAAAAACUCAAUCAGACAAUGAAGAUUUGAUUGAAGAUAAUGUGGAUGUAGGCAUCAGUGGACAUGAGAUGGUUUCUUUUGACUGUCUUGUUCCUUCUCGUGAACACAAUGGACAACUUUCGUUCGCUCCCAAGAAAUUUGAUCAAUACUUGAUUUUGAAUGAAACAGUGGAUAUUCCUGACACAACAACAUUAGCGCAAUCCAUUCUUGAGACACCUGUUUAUAAAAGAGAACAACCUAAAGGAUUGGAAAUGCGCUUUAAGCCUUAUGGUUAUUAUUCAGAGCCUGUUGAAGAAGUAGUUGAAAAGAGAAAGCGUGUUGGAUCAGAAGAAGCAGAGGAAAAUCAACCUGAAAAGAAGGCCAAAAAGGAAAAGAAAGACAAAAAAGACAAGAAGAAGGAUAAGAAGAAGGACAAAAAGAAAUAAACCUUUUCAUAUGGACCAAAAAGAAAAUAAAAUUAGAAGGGAGUGUUGUGUGUGUCUAUUCAUUUGUUUCCAGCAAGUCAUCAAAACUUGAUAUUUUAACAAAGUAAUGAAGCAUAUUGAAAUUGAAAAACUUCUUUUGGGUCCGUCAUUUCCAUCAAACUCAGUGUUGUACAGUGCUAA